GUAUCCAGUCAAGAUGGUAUUUCGCAUCUUUUGAAGGAGCAUGAUGUCGCAAACCAUUUGCAAUUCGUUGAAGGAAUAAUGCAUUGCGGGCGUAAAAGGGUUUCAGACAGAGAAUUGCAUUGCUGAAUGCAUUUACCAACCAAAACCCCGCUAAUCUCAUCUAGUUCGCGCUCGCUGAUGUGAAUUUUCAUAAGCGAUUAUUUUUCACCAGCAGGGUGAAUGUUUUGGUUGUCGCCUUCAUUUUUCCCUUGGCGGUGGUCGGACUUCGGAGAAUCGCAUGCAGUGUAGGCCUUCCAUGCAACAGACUUGCUUAAGAAGCGCGAAUCUGAUUAAUAUUCUACGCAGAUGUAUCAAAUUUAUUGCUGCAAAACUUUAUCAUAAUUUUGAACCACAUAUCUUUAAAUUAUAUCUGGCAAUCAUGCUAAACCUGUCAUCUUCUUUUUUCUUGCUCUCGUUUGUAUGCUGUCGAGCUUUCCAUGAUUUAGACUUUUUCAAAGUUUUGAGUUUAUAAAGUUGAAAAAAUAGGCUUUCUUAAAUGUGCAAAAUGUAUUACUUACGAACGCAAAAAACGAAAGCAUUUCUUCCAGCUGAAAGAACGACCCAGUUCUAGUUCUGUUAAUCGUAAAUGGGAAUAUUAUAUGGAAAUAAUGAGAUAUCAACAAAAACUGCCUAGUUCUUUAAAAUAUCUUUUAUGUCUUUAUUUUUUUUUUCGUUUUUAAAUCUUAAUUCUUUUCAUAGAGAAAGAUAUAAGAUCUUGAAGAUUGUUUUAAUUUGUAGUUUUGUUUCAAUGUUGUGAAGAACUUGCACAGAAGCUUUAUUUUUUAUUCUAUUCUGCUGGUGAUAGAUAAGUUGUUCAACAUAUUUUAGGAAUUAUUAAUGUCAAAAGUUUUCCCAGUGCUGCUUUUCUGUUGAACUUAUUCAUGCACUUGGACAUAUUCUCCACUCUGUGCAAUGGAUCGCAAAAAAAAUAUGUGACUGAACCGAAGUUUUGACAUUAAGAAAUAUUUUCACUUGCCACUUGUUGGAACUGAUUUACUGCUUACAAAUGUUAAUCUACUGCAAGUUUGCCUGAUUAUUUUUAAAAUUAUAAACUAUUUGAUUAUCUGCAGUAAAAUGGACACACGAAGAAAUGCUUGUAAAACUCAGUAAACUGGAAAGCUUUAUACUUUAUUAAGGAUUUUUUUAGUUAAAAACCGGGAUUUUUCAUAUUUUCAAUUUUAAAAUUUCUACUUGAUUCGUUUAAAAAAACCAAAUAAUUUACCUUUUUUUUAAAACUUUCGAACUGCAAUAUCGCCAUAAAAUCACUAAUUUAUCUGACUUAACAUCAAGUUUUUACAUAUUUCUUUUGGCCUAAUUAUGAUGACUUCACCAAUUCGCAGUGAGGGUGAUAGGUAUAACACGCCAUACCCUAGAAAUGCAAAACGCCAAAGCUCUCUUUUUCACAGUGGUGUUCUAUUGCUUGAGGAUGCAGAGAGAGCUCCUGAAUAUCUUCGCAUUACAAUAGACUCUGAUCCAGAUGAGCCAGAUGAAAUGGAAGUAAAUAGAUCUGAUUCGGAGGAAGAUGUAGUUGUGCUUGGAGAGAAACGUCCUACCUAUGAAGAGAUAACUCUGGAGGAGGAUGAUGAAGGUGAAGUCAGAGAAAAAGUUGUUGAAAAAGAAAAACAAGAACCAAAGUCUGGAGAGGAACCAUUAUAUGAAUGCACUUUUUGUGAUAAAUCUUUUAGAGUAGAAUCAUUGCUGAAGUUCCAUGUUAAAAUGCACAAUUCAUCCAAACCAGUGAUCUCUGAACCAUCAUCAUCAAUGACCAGUCCAGCAAUUGAUGAUAGAAAAACAGUUGAUAAUACACCAAAGAAAAAGAGGCAUUCUGUUGAUAAUCAGGAUGAAAGCCGACAGAAAGUGAAUUCAAAGUAUCUCCAUAAGCACAGAACCCGCCAAGAAAAGCAUAAAAGUCAUAAGCAUAAAAAGCACAAAAGGUCGAUAUCAACAUAAUCUUCAGUUUUAUUGUAUUUCAGUUUUCAUAGUUCUUAUCAUAUGUUCAGUAAUUUAUGUUCAUUUCUGUGUAUAUUUUCAGUUUAUUUUUUUUCCUGAACAGUGUAAUAUAAGGCAAACGAAUUAAAAAACUAUAUAUUAUGUAGAUAAAUAUUAAUUUUGAUUCCUUCUCCUUUAAGUUUAGAAAUAUUUUGAAUCUUUUAUGUUUUUAAUUUUUUUUUCUUAAAUUUUUUAUUGGAGUUGCAAGCUAUAUUCCCAUCAAAAAACAAAACUAGUUAGGGUUUAUUUAAAAGUACAUGGUGUAAUUAGUUACACAUUACUUUAUUGCCAUUUCAAAAUCUAUUUUCCUUGCAAUAUUAUGAAAAAUGCAAUUUUUAGUUGCUAUUCACGCUAGUUUAGUUUUUAUAAAUAUUUCCAGGCAUAGUUUAUGUUGGCUGUUU